AUGGGUUUAGGAACUGAUCCAGACUCAGUACUGACCAGUGGCCAGGCUGCUGUAUUGGUGAGGGGCAUGCCCUCUAUUUGGGACAUUACUUCAGCUCCAAAUUCAGCCUCGGCCCAAGCUUGGGCUUCAUCCUUGGGCCUUGCCCCAGGGAUUGCCUUGGCCUCAGUUUUAGGAUGUGCCCCACCUACUGCCCUGGCUUCAGUUUUGCGUCUUGCCCCAGACAUUGCUUGGGACUCAGUUUUGGGCCUUGCCCCAGGCAUUGCCUGGGUCUGGGCCCUAACCUUGGUUCUGACCACCAUCUGGACAUCAUUCUCUCUCUCAGCUCCACCCCCAAUCUCUUUUCCAGCCUUCUUUUCAGGCUUGGCCUGGGCACUUGGUUCAAUCUCAGCCCCAGUCAUAGUACCCGUUACAGAAAAGACACAGUUAAAAUAUGAGUAG